AUGGUGUGGGCAGUCAACGUGUACAACGUGUACAGUGAGAGCAUACCGUGUGUGCAGCGAGUGGGCACACAUAAGGGUUAUGUGUGUGCUCACUCACUCAACUGGGUGGGUACCUUUUCUCCACCUCUUUUUUUAUUUGAGCAGUUUCGAUACAAGCGACGAGUUUAUGCCCAGAACCUCAUUGACGAUAAGCAGUUUGCAAAGCUUCACACAAAGGCAAAUCUGAAGAAGUUCAUGGACUAUGUCCAGCUACACAGCACAGAUAAGGUGGCCCGCAUGCUGGACAAGGGGCUGGACCCCAAUUUCCACGACCCUGACUCAGGAGAGUGCCCUCUGAGCCUCGCGGCCCAGCUGGACAAUGCCACGGACCUGCUGAAGGUGCUGAGGAAUGGUGGUGCUCACCUGGACUUCCGCACUCGCGAGGGGCUCACUGCCGUGCAUUGUGCCACACGUCAACGGAAUGCGGCGGCCUUGACGACUCUCCUGGACCUGGGGGCUUCACCUGACUACAAGGACAGCCGAGGUCUGACACCCCUGUACCACAGCGCCCUGGGGGGUGGGGAUGCCCUCUGCUGUGAGCUGCUUCUCCAUGACCAUGCUCAACUGGGAACCACCGAUGAGAAUGGCUGGCAGGAGAUUCACCAGGCCUGCCGCUUUGGGCAUGUGCAGCACCUGGAGCACCUGCUGUUCUAUGGCGCCAACAUGGGGGCCCAGAAUGCCUCAGGGAACACAGCCCUGCACAUCUGUGCCCUUUACAACCAGGAGAGCUGUGCUCGUGUCCUGCUCUUUCGUGGAGCCAACAAGGAUGUCCGCAAUUACAACAGCCAGACAGCCUUCCAGGUGGCUAUCAUCGCAGGGAACUUUGAGCUUGCAGAGGUCAUCAAAACCCACAAAGACUCAGAUGUCGUACCAUUCAGGGAAACCCCCAGCUAUGCGAAACGGCGGCGACUGGCUGGCCCCAGUGGCUUGGCAUCCCCUCGGCCCCUGCAACGCUCGGCCAGUGAUAUCAACCUGAAGGGUGAGGUGCAACCAGCAGCUUCUCCUGGACCCUCGCUGAGAAGCCUUCCCCACCAGCUGCUGCUCCAGCGGCUUCAGGAGGAGAAAGAGCGUGACCGGGAUGGUGGCCAGGAGAACGACAUUGGUGGCCCCUUAGCAGGCAGGGGCAGCCAGAGCAAGAUCAGGGGUCGCUGCCACUGGGGCUGUCCCCGUGUCAUUAUGGGCUGCGUCUGCCACUGGGGAGUCCUUGUGUCGCGGGAAGGGCUGGCGGGGAGCGGCAGGCUGCUCUCGUCACGGGUGUUUCUGUGUCAUGUGGGGGGCCGAUGCUACCGGGGUCUCAGUUUAAAGGACCCUGUCCCGCUACAGAGCCUCCUCCCGUCAGGGGCUCCUGUGUCACUCCUGGGCUUUUUCACUGGAAAUCGUUGUGAUGGGGUGGGAUCUUGUGCCAUGACAAGCUUCUCUCAUUAUGGGGGCCCCUGUGUCAUCAUUGGGGUCCUACCCUUGGGGCUGCCCUAUGCCCAUGGGAGCAAGAGAUGGAAAGAGAGGUUGCUCAGCAUUGGGGAGGGCGGUUUCUGGGAGGGAACCGUGAAAGGCCGCACGGGCUGGUUCCCUGCCGACUGCGUGGAGGAGGUGCAGAUGAGACAGUAUGACACACGGCCAGAAACCCGAGAGGACCGGACGAAACGGCUUUUCCGCCACUACACAGUGGGCUCCUAUGACAGCCUCACUUCACACAGUGAUUAUGUCAUUGAUGACAAAGUGGCUGUCCUGCAGAAACGGGACCAUGAGGGCUUUGGCUUUGUGCUCCGUGGGGCCAAAGCAGAGACCCCCAUUGAGGAGUUCACGCCCACACCGGCCUUCCCUGCGUUGCAGUAUCUCGAGUCCGUGGACGUGGAAGGGGUGGCCUGGAGGGCUGGGCUGCGCACGGGAGACUUUCUCAUCGAGGUGAACGGGGUGAACGUGGUGAAGGUCGGACAUAAGCAGGUGGUGGCUCUGAUUCGCCAGGGUGGCAACCGCCUUGUCAUGAAGGUUGUGUCUGUGACAAGGAAACCGGAAGAGGAUGGGGCUCGGCGCAGAGCCCCACCGCCCCCCAAGAGGGCCCCCAGCACCACUCUGACCCUGCGCUCCAAGUCCAUGACAGCUGAGCUUGAGGAACUUGCCUCCAUUCGGAGAAGAAAAGGGGAGAAGCUAGAUGAGAUCCUGGCAGCUGCUGCAGAGCCAACACUGAGGCCGGACAUCGCGGACGCCGACUCCAGAGCUGCCACAGUCAAACAGCGGCCCACCAGUCGGAGGAUCACUCCUGCCGAGAUAAGUUCAUUGUUUGAGCGCCAGGGCCUUCCAGGCCCAGAGAAGCUGCCGGGCUCCUUGCGGAAGGGGAUUCCACGGACCAAGUCUGUAGGGGAGGACGAGAAGCUGGCGUCCCUGCUGGAAGGGCGCUUUCCGCGCAGCACCCUGCUGCUGCCCUCGCCGGUCUCUGCUCUAAAGCCGUUGGCCGGCGGCCCAGGCCUCGGGCCCGCGGGUUCCACGUUCAUCCACCCGCUCACCGGCAAGCCCCUGGACCCCAGCUCGCCCCUGGCGCUCGCCCUGGCCGCCCGAGAACGGGCUCUGGCCUCGCAGGCGCCCUCCCGCUCCCCCACGCCCGUGCACAGCCCGGAUGCUGACCGCCCCGGCCCCCUGUUUGUGGACGUGCAGGCCCGGGACUCGGAGCGAGGCACCCUAGCCUCCCCCGCCUUCUCUCCGCGGAGCCCGGCCUGGAUUCCUGUGCCUGCUCGCAGGGAGGCGGAGAAGUCGCCCCGGGAGGAGCGGAAGUCGCCGGAGGACAAGAAGUCCAUGAUUCUCAGCGUCCUGGACACGUCCCUGCAGCGGCCUGCUGGCCUCAUUGUUGUGCACGCCACCAGCAAUGGGCAGGAGCCUAGCAGGCUGGGGGCCGAAGAGGAGCGCCCGGGCACCCCAGAGCUGGCCCCGGCCCCCAUGCAGUCAGCUGCAGUAGCAGAGCCCCUGCCCAGCCCCCGAGCCCAGCCCCCUGGGGUCACCCCAGCAGACACCGGGCCAGGCCAGGGCAGCUCGGAGGAAGAGCCAGAGCUGGUGUUUGCUGUCAACCUGCCACCUGCCCAACUGUCCUCCAGCGAUGAGGAGACCAGGGAGGAACUGGCCCGCAUUGGGCUGGUGCCACCCCCUGAAGAGUUUGCCAAUGGGGUCCUGCUGGCCACCCCACUCACCGGCCCGGGCCCUUCGCCCACCACGGUGCCCAGCCCGGCCUCAGGGAAGCCCAGCAGCGAGCCACCCCCUGCCCCCGAGUCUGCAGCCGACUCAGGGGUGGAGGAGGCUGACACGCGCAGCUCCAGCGACCCCCACCUGGAGACCACAAGCACCAUCUCCACAGUGUCCAGCAUGUCCACCCUGAGCUCAGAGAGCGGGGAACUCACCGACACCCACACCUCCUUCGCCGAUGGACACACUUUUCUACUCGAGAAGCCACCAGUGCCUCCCAAGCCCAAGCUCAAGUCCCCGCUGGGGAAGGGGCCGGUGACCUUCAGGGACCCGCUGCUGAAGCAGUCCUCGGACAGCGAGCUCAUGGCCCAGCAGCACCAUGCCGCCUCUGCCGGGCUGGCCUCUGCCGCCGGGCCUGCCCGCCCUCGCUACCUCUUCCAGAGAAGGUCCAAGCUAUGGGGGGACCCCGUGGAGAGCCGGGGGCUCCCUGGGCCUGAAGACGACAAACCAACUGUGAUCAGUGAGCUCAGUUCUCGCCUGCAGCAGCUGAACAAAGACACACGCUCCCUGGGGGAGGAACCGGUUGGUGGCCUGGGCGGCCUGCUGGACCCUGCCAAGAAGUCGCCCAUCGCAGCAGCUCGGGUCAGUUCUGCUUCACCUCUCCUUUUGUAUGGAGUUCCAUCUGGGGGAUUUCACCCCCUGCUCCAGUCCUGAGGCCUCCUGACCCUGACGUUGUGAUACACCCCACAGAGAUCUAUGUUUCUUAUAUUAUUAUUAUUGAUAAUAAUUAUUAUAAUAUUAUGUAAUAAAUUUAUAAGAAAUGAAA